AUGUGCCCACGUCCCGUCGUUACUGAGACGACUUUAGAUGCUCGACUCCGCCACUUACCCCCCCGACUUAGUGUACCACUCGCCAGACAUUCUGGCCCACAUUCCUUCCUCUCACCCAUUCCCAUUCACCUCUGCCAGCCCAACCUCCCUGGCGGGGUUCUGACCCUCGACGACUGGGCAUUAUGGCUCCUCCACUUGAUCCGGUAG